UCCAAUCAAAAAUGGCUUCACACGAUACGUAUGAAUAGCCAAACUUCGGGAAAACAAGGCGGGCCACAACAAAAUGAAGUGAACUAGACUUUCUAUUAGGAUGGCAGGGGGUACAAGAGCUUCUGAUAAGAAUGCUCAGUUGGUCCAUCUGAAUGAGUUGAAUCCUUUUCUGACUUGUGGUAUAUGCAAAGGAUACCUCAUUGAUGCUACAACUAUAACUGAGUGCUUGCAUUCUUUUUGCAAGUCAUGUAUUGUGCGCCAUGGUCAGUUCUAUCUAAACUGCCCCACAUGUAAUCUCCAGAUUCACCCCACUCUCCCCCUGUUACACUGCAAACUGGACAGUCAGAAACAGGACAUUGUUUUCAAAUUACUCCCAAACAUUUAUAAAAAUGAACAGAAAAGGAGAAAAUUAUUUUGGAAAGAAUACCAGAAUAAAACGGGAGAAAAACCUGUGCAAGUGCCUAUGCUGGGUAAAAGUCCCAGAAAGAAGAAAAAAGUGCUCAUUCAGCCUGACCCACUAGCGUCUGUAGUUCUGGAAUAUGUAGGUGCAUCAGAAGGUUUGGAAAAUUAUGACUUUGAGCCAGUUGUGAAGAACUACAUAAGAGUUGAGGCCAAGGCAACUAUUGAGAAUCUUCAAAAUUUUAUUCACAAGACCAUGAAUUUGGACAAAACAUUUGAGGUGAACAUAUUUUGUGAUGCUUCCAUAGUAGACAAGAGUUCCACACUGCAGUAUAUCAGAGAACAAUUUUAUGAUGGAGAGGACUGUAUAAUGCUGCUGCAGUAUGGAGUUAUUGAUCCAAGGGAUUAUUCUGAUGACAGCGAUGUGGAAGACCAGUGGGAAAAUGAAGAGGACAUGGUGUACACACCAUCUGGUCUAAGGUAUCAUGAUGAGGCCAUGGAGGAGUUCUCUUCAGACAUCACAGAAGAGAUGAAUAGCAUACAGGAAAUGAAUGACUUGUCACUGACUGGUGUGGUGUAAAUAUACAUAUGUAUAUUGGAGCAAUGGACUAGGAAAUCAGCAAUGGCAGAUUCAUGAGGUGGGAGGCAUAGUGGGCCAUGUUACCCCUACUGCUUUAGCUUUAGAGAUACAUCCUUCUCUCUUCUGUAACUAAUUAAACAAGACAAAGGCAAGCAGUAUUUCAUCCCUGUGCCCUACUUUUUGUAGAUUUUUCUUAUGUUUAAUUCAGAAAAAAGUUCUGGUUUUGUUUGGCAGAAGAAAAAAGGAAAUAUUUCAUAUAUGUGUGCAUGCACACCUCCACCACCAACACCCUUACUGAAAUCCUGGGUUUGUAAGUGACAGUUGAGCAUUUUUAAAAGUCUACCUUUGAUGGCUUUGUACAUAUUGAAAAAAAGAGAAGGUUAUGAACUUGACUUAUUUUAUAUGUAUGGAAAUUAUUGUGUAUAUUAUGUGUUUAUUAAUGUCAAGAUAUGUUUUUAAUUAAUGGGAAUUGGAGUAUUUUUGUAUGUGAUGGAAUUCUUUGUCACUCUUGAAGCAAUGGCUUCAGUGUUUCUGAUUAAUAUAUGUUUUGAAGUAUAAAGCACUUUUUAUAAAGCCCCCUGUUAUGUUCUAAUAAAACUAUUCUAGAACUGAAUUAUUUGAAAGGUUCUUACAGCAGUUCUUAUUACAAUGUAUACAUAUCUGUAAACCUAAUAGAUAAUUAUGUACGUUUUGUGCAUAUUUUAACCAAUAAAUUUAUUUUCUUAAAAGGUA